AUGGACACAGUAAAACGUCGUCUAUGUUGUUGUUUGUACAAAGAUCGUCAAGCCAAGUACUCUAAUGCGGAUGCUGUGCAGUACGAUGUGAAUGGGAAUAACACAGUAGUGAUUACUCAACCGAUAAAGACGAAUGGGUUCGACUUUCAUGAUGUUGGUGAAACACCACGUACUGGAAAUGCAAAUUCUGGAUUUGAGGACGAUGGACAGGAGUUUGACGAGAUUAAUCUUGAUGACAAACAUGGGAUACCUAAUGGUACUAGAAAUGGUAUAACUAGUGGUACUGGUGCUAAAAAUGAACGGUACGACUUUGUGUUACACAGAACAAACGAUGGGUUAGGAGAUGGAGAAGAUAAGGAUGGUAAACCACGGCACGACAGUAAAAAACUACAAAAGAGUAAUACCAAACAAGAUGUAGAUAGUAAAAACGGCAAGAUUGUAUCAAAGAAUAGUAAAAACAGCUCAAAGAACGGCCGGAAGAACGAUGAGAAUAAUGAGGUUACUCAAGUCACAAGCCUGAUGUUAGAUGACAUUUAUGGAGCACGGAAUGACAAGGAUGACGUACAGAGUGAAGAGUAUACUGAGCCUGAGAAUAAUGUAGUUACAUCGGCCAGUGAAGAAGAUAUCAAGUUUUCACAAACGGCCGGUGUUCAUCGGUUUCAAAUUGACGAUGAUGCUGACAACAGUACGGUAAAAAGUACCAGUGCUACUUCAAAGCCGGUACUAAAAGUUAGGUCGAACGAAGAAACUGUGAUAAAGGUAACACCAAGUCAUGAAGAUACUGUAGCUCAGCAAAAAACCGAGUAUAAUGAGCGUGCUAACUCGAAUACCAAUAGCACGGUACUGAAAAACUCACCUCACAGUAGCUACACUAAGUACCACGAUCAUCCUGACAAUGAAACACAAAAAGACGAGUACGUACCAGCCGAAACCGUAUUGAAACGUGCUGCAUACUUGAACAAACUACCUAGCUUAGAUGAUGAUCCGAUUAUCGUGACGGCUACAGAUGUCCGUAGCCAAAAAUCUGGCACGUCUAAUAUUAGUCCAGAAUCUGCUUCACGGUCAAAGAUCAUCACAAGUUGGAGCGAUGAAAUAUCAUCAGAGGACGAGAACGAUGAAAAAAGAUACGAUAGCUUAACGACAAAGUAUAACGGAGUUAGUACUAGUCAUACGGUAGAGGUUAGAGACACUGUGAGCUACAGUAGCAAGCCUACAUACCAAGAUAAAACUGUUUUAAAGGCUUCACCUAAUGGUAAUCAUUCUACAGUAACGACACAGGCCACCAAAUCAACCGUAAAGUAUACUGUAGAGCCUCCAGAAUCCUUAAACAUCAAAAAUGUCAACAAAGAUGACGUUAAUUAUGACGAAGACAAUUACAUUAUAACAGACCACGAAGCCGUUAUCAAUUCAUCAGUCAACACUCCCACCGAACCAAAACUUUCUUUACACGCUAUAAGAGAGGAGAGUAAAGACAGUAGUGAUAAAGAUACGACAACACCAUCAACGUCAGAUAGAAGUCGACCGAAUGUGUCAAUGUACGGUGAAUUGAACGAAGAGAGUAGUGAUGAAGUAUCGACCGGUCGAAGUGGACAUAACAGAUUCUAA